UCUUCCGGAGGAAGUGCGAUCGUUUCGGAGGGCGGGAGCAGAGCAUGUCGCCGGCGGCGGGCGGCUCUGUCAGCAGCGGGUAACAGCGGCCCGCUGUCGGUUUCUGUUCACAAUGCUGGAGGAUAGUGAAUUCUUUAGUUCGCCUCCAAGGAAAACAGUCCGUUUUGGGGGAACUGUUGCAGAAACCCUAAAGAAAUAUAAACAGGGAGAUACUACAGAUUAUGAUUUGCUCAUGAUUCAGCUGGUUGAUCCAGAAAUCAAGGAUGCUCAAAUAAUCAAUUGGCUUCAGGAAUUCCGUGCCUGUGUUGCACAGUUGACAAAAGAUUUUGAGUAUCUUGUUAGCAAAAUACUGAAGCUGCCUUGGUUAUGUAGAAGCCUGUUGGUGGUCGAGGAAUACUUGGCCUUUUUAAGCAACUUAGUGUCAGCGCAGACAGUCUACCUGCGGUCUUGCCUUAGUAUGAUCGUCUCCAAUUUUGUACCAGGGAGAAUUGUUAUCCAAGAAAAUGGUGUGGAUAUCUCAGACUCUGAGGAUGAAGAUGAAAAGCUUCCACAAAAUUUUGACAUCUGUCAUCGAGCUUUACAGACAAUAGCAAAAUAUGUUCCCUCAACAACACAAUUUUUGAUGCCAAUACUGGCUGAAAAUUUUCCAUUUGUUAAUAAAUCAGCCAGAACCUUGGAAUGUUACGUGCACAAUUUGCUAAGGAUCACAGUAUAUUUCCCGGUAUUGCGCUUGGAAAUUUUGGAACUGGUCAUCGAAAAAUUCCUAAAGCUAGAUGUGAAUGCUUCGCAUAAUGAUAUUGAAGAUGCAGAAGAGACGGCCGCUAAUAGUGCGUUGUCUUCAUGCGCAGAGGAAGGUCUCUUUGAUAUGGAUGAAGACGAGAAAACUCAGAUGAUCCAGCCAAAUAGUGACAUGAUGGCUCAUCCAGUGGCUGAACGAUUGGACAUUCUGAUGUGUGUUUUGCUGUCUUACAUAAAGGAUGUUUGCUAUGUUAAUGGUGAGUUGAUGGUAACCCGGACAAAAGACUUGUACCGUGACUUGUUAGUGGUGUUCGAUAAACUGGUUCUACCCACUCAUGCUUCUUGUCAUGUUCAAUUUUUCAUGUUCUAUCUCUGCAGUUUUAAAUUGGGACUGGCAGAGAGUUUCCUAGAACAUCUUUGGAAGAUGCUUCAGAAUCCAAAUAGCCCAGCAGUAAUAAGACAAGCAGCUGCAGGUUACAUCGGAAGUUUUCUGGCCAGAGCAACGUAUAUCCCUCUGAUCACUGUGAAGGCUUGUUUGGAUCUGCUGGUCCCCUGGUUACACCACUACAUUGACAGCCAAGAUGCUGGAACUAAAGGUUAUUGUGAUGUGGUUCUUCAUGCGUCGUUCUAUUCUGUUUGCCAAGCUGUGUUUUAUAUCUUCAUAUUCCAUUGCAAGCAGUUAUUGGAUGGGAAUCUAAAAAAAGGUUUGGCAUACUUGCAGAAUCUAAAUUUUGAACGCAUGGUAAUGUGCCAGCUGAACCCACUAAAAGUCUGUUUACCUUCUGUUGUCAACUUGUUUGCUGCUAUUACUAGGAAGUAUCAAUUAGCCUUCUGUUACACAAUUAUUGAAAGAAACAAUCGACAGCUCAUUCCAGUUGUUAGGAGCAGUGCUGGAGGUGACUCGGUGCAAGUUUGCACAAAUCCACUGGAUUGCUUCUUUCCCUUUGAUCCUUACAUUCUUAAAAGAUCUAAGAAAAUCUUUGAAGGUGUUUAUCGGGUCUGGGAGGAUUUGAGCCUCCAGGAUAUUCAGGUUCCACAGAAAGUCACGAAGCAGGCUACAGCUGAAGAUGAUGAGGAUGAUUUCUUAAAAGGAGAAUCAUUGCACAGUGAAACAUUUGGGAACAUGCCAAGUUCAUUUGAGUCCAAUGUGCAAAGUCCGAGCAGCGGUUCCCCUGUAACCUUUCCAAUGCAUCAGUUUUGAAAAAUUAUAAACAAGACAAAUGUACAAAUUUUCAGACAUGGAUUCAAAGAAACAAAAUAUAGAAGUAUCUACAUGCAAGACUUUGUUUCCUACAGAAAUUGACUUUUGUGUAGGCUAUUUCAUUUCAAUUUCUAAAGCAACUGAAUUCAUCAAUUUGGUAUAUUUUUUUGUAUAUUUGUGUACAUAGUGAUUUGUAAAUUUAUAUUUACUGUUUUAAAACUAUUUUAUCAAUUGUUUCUUUUAAAUUAUCUUUGGUUCAAGACUUAUUUGAUUCUCCGUUUUUGGAGAUUCAAAUGUAUUUUCUUUCCGGAAUAGGAAAGUUCAGGAAUGUAUGUAGAACCAAUUAUUGCAAUUUCCAAAUAGAGGUGGUUAUUGCAAUCCCAAUUAAUAAUCAUCAUUAGAAUAAAUUAUCAAUCUUUGAAAUUCUUUUCAUGGUUGUAUGUGGGAAGAGUGGGGAGAUUUGAUGCAGGCAAUCAAAAUCAAACUUUGUUUGGUUGCUGUUUUGUCUCAGCUAUUCAUGUACAGGAAUUUGCUACUUAAACAACUGAUUAAAAGUAUAACACUUCCGUAGAAGUAAAAGUGAAAGAUUUGAAUGCUGCAAAUCUGAGUAGGAACUAUAAAUGUAAAAUUGAAUAAAUUGAUCAGUAUUGAUAAAUAUUGCUUAACCUUGGAAUGAAACACCACCAGAUCCUGAUAUUCAGAUGCUGUUCAUUCCAGAAUUCUCAGUUUUAACUGAAUCUUUGCAAGAUGCAUUGAGAAUUAUCUUUAGUUCGUAAUUCUGUACGAAUCGUAGCAGGGAAACUGGAACUAAAAGUAGACAAACAUUAUAGAAACAUAGAAAAAUUGGUGCAGGAAUAGGCCAUUCGCCCUUUGAGCCAGCACCGGCAUUCAUGGCUGAUCAUCUAAAAUCAGUACCCCGUUCCCCAUAUCCCUUAAUUCCUUUAGCCCUAAGAGCUAAAUCUAACUCUUGAAAAUAUCCAGUGAAUUGGCCUCCACUGCCUGGUGUGGCAGAGAAUUCCAGAUUCACAACGCUCUGGGUAAAAAAGUUUUCCCUCAUCUCAGUCCCAAAUGGCCUUCCCCUUACUCUUAAACUGACCCCUGGUUCUGGACUCCCCCAACAUCGGGAACAUUUUUCCCGCAUCUAGCCUGUCCAAUCCUUUAAGAAUUUGAUAUGUUUCUAUAAGAUCCCCUCGCAUCCUUCUAAAUUCCAGUGAAUACAAGCCCAGUCGACCCACCAUCAGUUGACCCAGUCAGUCCCGCCAUCCCGGAAUUAACCUGGUGAACCUACGCUGCCCCUCAAUAGCAAGAAUGUCCUCAAAUUAGGAGACCAAAAUUGCACACAAUACUCCUGGUGCAGUCUCACCAGGGCAAUGUACAACUGCAGUAAGAUCUCCUUGCUCCUAAACUCAAAUCCUCUCGCAAUGAAGGCCAACAUGCCAUUAGCUAUCUUCACUGCCUGCUGUACCUGCAUGCUUACUUUCAGUGACAUGUGCAAGGACACCCAGGUUUCAAUGUUAUAUACUAUUAUGUUUAAAAUUAAAACCUGAAUUUGAAUUAUUGCUCUGUAAACUAAUUCUGCUGAAAAGUUACGAAAGUAUGGUAUUCAAUUUGUGUUGCAGUUUGGUCUCUUAAGUGGUGGCGAUAAAUUGAAACAUUGGUCAUGUUUCAGAAUAUCCAAGAAUGGAAAAAUUUGAAAUUUCUUUGAAAAUAAUAUUUUGUUGCCAGAGUAAUUUUGAUGUCGUAGCUUGCACCACUUCAACAUAUUGUGUUCUGUCGUCACUAAGUCCAUGCUGAUGCUGCUUCUGUAAAAAAUAUUCCCUUUUCAAUGGUUCAAAACGUAGACAAAUCGAUAAAGUUUUGCAUUCUAUGAUACAAA